CUUAACCCUCUCAGUCUUUCUCAGAGGACACGCUUUUUGCAGAACAAUCAACGGUAAUUUAGUUUAAAUUAGUCGUCCAAUAUGUCUUCGAGCUGUGGUUCACUGUGUCUGCUGGUCUUACUGGGAGUUGUGUUGGCAUCUGGGCUUCCUUGCCAUUUGAGCGUCCGGAACCUAAACCAAACCCCCGACUCCAUCGCAGAUGUGCUGAAUUUGAAACAGCCAGAAAUUGGGGCUAAUCCGCUCUUCAGUUCGAUCAUCAAGAGCAUCAACACCUCCUGCCAGAGAAAAGUACUUCUGAUGAACGCCACUCUGGACGUCUACACUCGAAUCUUCUCCAGCAUCCUGCAGCACGACAAGACCAGAGUCCAUCUGCUGGACGAGCUGUCCGAACAGCAGACGUCCAAGGUGAAGACGGUUGUGAAGAAGCUCCAGCAGGACAUGGAGAAGCUCAGGGCACACCUGAGCCACCCGAGCCACGAGAAAGAGGAUCUAUUCAGCCAGCUGAACAUGAUAAAGAUUGACGACCCCGUGGUUCAGAGAAAAGCCCUCGCUCAGUUCAAAGAGGUCUACCAGGCGGCCUCUGUGGUUGUCAGCCCCCAGUGUGGCCACGCCCACUCCGCUCCUGCUGAAGGACGCUGA